CGAACUCUUUCCUUCAUCCGAAAAAAAUGUCUGUCACUCUUGAACUUCCCUUGGCUCUUCACAUUCUCGACGGUUUCCUUGCCGAAAACAAAUACGUUGAAUCUGCCAGCGCCACCGCUGCUGAUUCCGCCGUCGCCAAGGCUUUGGGUUCUGCCCCCUCUGCUGAAUUCGCCAACGUUGCCAAGUGGUACGCUGAAGUGAACAAGUCUUCUGCACCCGCUGCUGCUGAUGAAGAUGAGGACGACAUUGACCUCUUCGGUUCCGACGACGAGGACGUUGAUGAGGAAGCUGAGAAGAUCAAGGCUCAGCGUAUUGCUGAAUACAAUGCCAAGAAGGCCGCUAAGCCCAAGCCUAUUGCCAAGACCACCGUUACUCUCGAAGUCAAGCCUUGGGAUGACGAGACUGAUAUGGAAGCCUUGACUCAGGGUGUCCGUGAUAUCCAGAUGGAUGGUCUUUUGUGGGGUGGUUCCCAGCUCGUUGCUAUCGGUUUCGGUAUCAAGAAGCUCCAGAUCAACUGUGUUGUUGAAGAUGACAAGGUCUUGUUGGAUGACUUGACCGACAAGAUCCUCGAACUGGAAGACUUUGUCCAAUCCGUUGAUGUCGCUGCUAUGCAGAAGAUCUAA